AUGUACAAAAAAUUCGUACCCCUCAAUGCUACACAGAGUCCAACGAAAAAUCCCUAUGAAGUACGGACAUAUAUGGGAGAACCUCUUAAAUCACAACAUCCGGAAUGGAGAACCGAAAAUUGUGGUUAUGAUCGUCACUGUGAUAGUCGUCCUCAAAUACCGGAUAAACGAAGGACACUUACACUGGAAGAGGAAAUACGAAAAAUUCAUCGGCGUACGCGAGCUAAUAUUUACACUAAACGUUGCAACAAUGCAAAAUGUCAGGAAACUGAUUCAUAUUUGACCUGUGUAAUGCCUCAGCGUUCGCCAAAAGAUUUGAAACGUCACGGGGUAUUACGUGAAAAAUAUUUACAUUUACAACGGAAUAUGGGAGAAUAUGUUCACGACGUCAAUGAUAUUUAUUCUGUUCAUGCGAAUAUGAUAAAAUUAGAAAGUCCUCCCGGGGAUUCGGAUGAAGAUGAUCGCGGAGAGUGGGAAGGAGAAGAAGAAGGGGAAACUGACAUUAGACCACAAUUAGCCAGUCCUGAAUGUAGUAUGGAAUUGCUAUAUGUACCGACGCAAAGAAUUCUUGAAUUACAACGUCCCAAAAGUGGUGUGUAUAUCAAUGAAAGUGAGCCACCAAAUUUUUAUCCCACCGAUGGCAUACCCUUUAGUACCUAUAAUCCCCGGGUGCUACAACAACAAUUUGAUAAUCAACAGCUAAAGAAAAUUGACAUAAUAACGGGUAGAACGUCAAAGGAUUUGUGGACUUGGAAUUUGGGUUUGCAGCAGAGGGAAAGUGAUUUGGAUCGUCGUUUUAUAGAUGCUGCGGUGCAUAAAUUUGAUUGCAAUAAUGCGGAACUUAUGGUUUAUAAAAUACCCAAUGAUUUGGAAAAGACAUUUAGGGCCCAGGUAGUUUUUGGUUCCCGGGCUCUCACAUUGGAAACACUAAUAAAAAAGAAGGGAUCAUAUAACCGACCCAAAGAAAUGGCCUGCCUUUUUGUAGCCUUCGUAGAAAGUUUUCGUUUAAAUGCUGACUUUUGGACUAUGGAAACGUUGGAUAACAUCUUGAAAAUGGCUGACAAACUGAUUGCCAAAAGCCAUAAAAUGAAUUAUAAAAGCCCCGGUGGCGAUUACGAUAUUAUACCCCAAAUACAAGAGAGGCAAGCAGAGCUGGACUUGAAACUGCAUUUCAAGGGUGCCCUGAGAUGUGAACCCAACAUUUAUAAGGCAAUGAGUUUGUAUUUCAACAAAUACAAUGCCUGUGUCCUUUGUUCCGCCCACCUAUAUUUGUUGAUAUGGAAAAGAUGUAAAAAUUCCUAUUACAUUUUCGAUCCCAAUGGGCGGGCAGAGAAUUGUGAGCGGGAUUUUGAGAACGGCCGAUGUUCACUGAUUUCAACUAAUUUCGUCGAACAUUUGGUCCAUUUGGUGGUAAACAUUAGCCAGGCUAAUAUGGACGAGGAAUUCCGUUUGUAUGAAAUCUAUUUGAAAAGUUUUGGUAAGAUCCCAGAACCCUUGGCCAAGAAACCCCAACCGAAGACGUUGCACAAACUGUGGAUUGUGGUGAAUGAAAGCUUUGCCCUAAUACCGGGUUGUAAUAAUGGCCUAUUUCAACCGAAUUCAGAUUUAAUACCAAAUCCAUCCAUGUUGAUCUCGGUCAUGGCCAUAUUGUAUGCAUUGAUCGAAAGGCCAAUGGAAUGGCAGUCGGAUACAGUGGAUGAACUAAUACGCCUUGGAACGGCCUAUUAUAAAAGUCUGAGACGCAAGCUGAAAUUGAAAGAUAAUCAGCAGAUAAAUGUCAACGAUCUGCCAGAUAAAUAUGUUUUGGGCACCUUUAAGGCCUCAUUGAAAAAGGCCGCUUUCUUCUAUACGGGUACCGUUAACGAGUCGUGUAAAAAGUUCAUGGAUUCUUUGCUGGCGUUUGGCCUGAAAGGUUUGUUCGAUGCCAAAUGGGAGGCAGCUUUAAUACAAAUCGAUAAUUCGGUGGUGUCCACUUGGAGGGAUGGUGAGUUGUUCUACGUCUAUGAUCCAUUUCGCCGGGGAAAGGUGGGACAAGUAUUGGAUCCUGAAGAUUAUAUGUCCAAAGGUUAUGCCGUCCUGCAGAUGCAUUCGAAUUUUGAAUCUCUUUUGAAAAUACUACACGAAAAGGCAUUGCAAAUGCGCCGAGGUGGAAAAUUGUUUUUGCAUGCCAUCAAUGUGGGCUGCAUCAAGCCCAUCAUGGAUGGGAAAACAAGGAAGUUGAGGUAUCCCAAAUUAAAAUUGACACCUGAGACAUAUAAAGCCAAAAAAUCAAAGAAGACCAAAAAAGAUAAGAAGGAUAAAAAGAAAUUGGAAAGGGUUUGCAGCAUUGAAUCCCUAAAGGAACAUGAACGAAUACCUCUCUUAGAGGAUUCUGAAAUCAUUGAGCAUUUGGCGGAGGCAAUAGUUUGCGAAAUAAUUGAUUCCCUUCCAGAAUCGGCUGUCGAUAGACCGAAAUUGUAUAAACCUGCCGGUCAGGUAUUGCUGAGAUCCGAUCAAGAAUAUCUGCAACAAUUGAAAUAUAUGGUCCAACACGAUCAGGAUUAUGAUAAUGUACAUGAAGCAUUCCCCACACAUCCGCCAAACGAACCGCCUAUGAUAAGCCUAGAAGAAGAAUUAGCAAGUCCCAGUAAUUUCCAAAGUUUGUCAGAUGGUACGUGGAUAAUUCUGGGUUCCCAAAAACAGCCACGUUUAGAUGAGGAACAAACCAAGGUCAAGGGUUUGUUGUCGUGCCUCGUUACUUUCAGCCUCACAGGCCGUUAUAAAAUAUCCUCAUGGACCAGCCAGCUAAUCGAUUAUGCCCUUAAUUCCACAACAACAUUUGAAGAGGAUUUCCAAUCCUAUCAAUAUUUGUUGGGCGCCAUUUUAUCGUCAAGAAUACCCUCGUUGUGUUUGGGCCAUCGCAGUUACGAGCUCAAAGUACAGAGAAUCAUAAAAUCAGAUUUGAAGAAACCCUUAAGACAUGUCCUGCUCGAUUGUCUGAUUGACUACAAUCGGAUUUUGGUUAUAUGCCAGCAAUUCAGUUGUGUCCUUGUCAAGCGUUACAAUUUCCUUUAUAUGUUUAUUGGUUAUCCAGUUACCCCGGUGGGGUAUCGUCAAUUUAAGAAGGCCCCAGGAUGUUUACUUAGAUCCGUUGAAUUGGACUCGUUAAUAAAGCGUAUUGAAUUCGGUUGCAAUCCUCAAGGAUGUGAAAUUACCAAUUACGUGGUGAUACCAUUUAAGGUAUUCGAUAUUACCGAUGAGGAAAUUGGUCGCUAUAGGCCAUGGCCGAGAAAUGUGGAGGAACGCAUGUAUCAAGCCAGUCUGAAUGAACAGCAAAAACGUGAUGCCAGUAAGAAAUUCAAAUUAGAAUUUUUGAACAAUGAAUUACUGGCUGAAAGGGAGCGGCUAGAAGAAUUUCAAAUGGCCAAGGCGAGAGCGAAGCCAAGAAAAACGAAAUGGCCUCGGAAUAUAGAGACCUCUUCCGAAAUGGAAGCAGAUGAAGAAGAUGAUCACACCGUGGUUGCAGAUAAUGAAUAUGAAGAUGACAACGUUUCGUUGCCAACUAAACAUAAAUUCGGCUCCCACCUGGCCGAGUUGAAGGAGCCAUCACCACCUCAACCUCUGCUCUAUGGUUAUCAUUUACGCCACCAGGACUAUCUCUUUAAGAUCCAAGGCAGUAAAUUCUUAGAAGGUCGUGAUGAAUGUCUUAUGGAUGAAAUUAAACCCUGCUUCUUUGCCAGUACCCUUGCAAUCCUAUAUGCUAUACUCAAACCCCACAAUCAAUGGACCAGCCAGAGGAUAGAUCAAGUUAUUGAUUCCACCCUUAUACUUUGCACGGCCAUUGACGAUUUUUCCAAUUCAUCGGAAAGAAUUGUUAAAAAUAUCAGUGCCGAUGAUUACACCUUCGAUAUAUGGAUAAAGGUUUUUCAACCUUUGGGUCUUAUAGGAGACCUGGGCCAACAAAUUGAAAGGGCAAACAAGUUGAGAAAAUAUUUAUUGCUGCAAACGUCAAAUUGCACGUACGCCAUUUGUAAGGACACCAUUUGUAAGGACACCUAUUAUCAUUUAUUUGAUCCGUAUCCUUCUAUGCAUGUUUUGGAUAAAAUGCAAAAUGGUGAUGGCGAUGAGGUGGAAGAAGAUGACGGAGUGCAGAGGAGAAAAAUGAGACCGAAAGCUGUUAGGGGUAUUAAGCGUUAUCGUGAACGUAAUGCCGCCUCAUGGAUUUUAUUUGCGGAUUUAAAGUCGAUGGUGUAUUAUAUGGAUCAACGGGCAUGCAGUCCAUCGUGGAAGGAAAAUAAGGAAUAUUCUUUUUUGGUGCUCGAUAUUAUCUCUUAUAAGAAAUCCCCCCUAACAGCCAAUAUGCUCCAAUUACUUACCGGCGUAACGCCCUGCAACAUCCCCGGUGAAGAAGAAACCGCCAUAUGUGCUCACCAUGAAACCCCUGCAUGGCUGGAACAUUGCCUCCCCAUAUGGAGUCGUUUAAAUCGAAGAAAUUCCGCUGGGGUUUACCGUGGCGCAGCUGUUGCGAAAUAUAAGAAAUUCGAUAUUGAAAUUGACAACCGGCUCUGGUCACUGUGGGGUAAUUUACAUCCUCAAGCCGCCGUGUUCGAUAGCAACAAUCGUGGUAAACAAUAUCUGGCCUGUUGUGUAAUGGCCCUGUGUGCUACACGCCUUUAUAGACUUGUCGAUUGGAGUUCUGCACUGGUGGAUUCGAUUAUCAUCAAUGGCGAUCGGUACCAUGCGCAAAGUAUUGCCGACAUACAGAUUCGGGACUAUGAAAUGCGUGUCGAAGAUCUGGAUAUUGUAUGUCAAAUGGAUAAUGUAAAAUUUGAGGUACACCUUGAGCCGCUGUGCUACGGAAAAUUGUAUUCACGUCCGAAUUGUAAUCGCAUGAAUUUAGCGGAAGCUUUGUUGUAUUUCUUUCGAUCGCAUCAUAAUUUGGGAUUAUUACAAUGCUCCAAGAAGUGUUUGGCAUUUGGUCGUCUAGCAGCCGGUCCGGAUGGUGGUUAUUUUAUGUUCGACUGUCAGAGUCGAGAUCAUCCAUUGUUUGCCAAGGGCCAGGGGGCGGCCUAUGUCUUGCGUACAAAAUAUUUACAAAUUUUACUCUACUGCCUCGUCGUCACGCUGAACAUUCCCUAUUACAAUGUCCAAUUUAUGCUGUACAAAGUUGAAGCGUUACCUGAGAAUGCUUCGGUGGAGGAGGAGGAUGGUGAGGCUGGUGGUACAAGCUCAAACCAGAAUCAUUGA